CAAACCGCCAUGGACAACAACCCUCACCAAUCUCCGACUGAGGCCGCUGCGGCGGCCGCAGCAGCGGCAGCGGCGGCUCAGUCAGCCACGUAUCCGUCGCAGACUCCAUACCACCAUCUCCUUCAGCAGCAACAGCAGCAGCUACAGAUGUUUUGGACUUACCAGCGUCAAGAAAUCGAGCAAGUCAAUGAUUUCAAAAACCACCAACUUCCCCUUGCUCGUAUCAAAAAGAUCAUGAAAGCUGAUGAAGAUGUUCGUAUGAUCUCUGCUGAAGCUCCAGUUCUGUUCGCGAAAGCUUGUGAGCUUUUCAUUCUGGAGCUCACCAUCCGUUCGUGGCUUCACGCUGAGGAAAACAAGCGCAGGACUUUACAGAAGAAUGACAUCGCUGCGGCGAUUACUCGUACUGAUAUUUUUGAUUUUCUGGUUGACAUCGUUCCUAGGGAUGAAAUUAAGGAUGAGGGUGUUGGGCUUGGACCCGGAAUUGUGGGUUCUACUGCUAGUGGUGUGCCGUACUAUUACCCUCCGAUGGGCCAGCCGGCUCCGGGUGGAGUGAUGCUUGGUAGGCCUGCUGUUCCUGGGGUUGAUCCAUCAAUGUAUGUGCACCCUCCACCGUCACAGGCGUGGCAAUCUGUGUGGCAGACUGGAGACGAUAAUUCCUAUGCUAGUGGAGGUAGCAGUGGACAGGGUAACCUUGAUGGCCAAAUUUAAAAGAUCUCGCUGCUGCCAGUUUGGAGGCUUAACAGCACAUGUGAAACUGAUGGUUAUGAUAGGGAAAUGUAAUUUCUUCAAAUUGUGAAUCCACCUUUUAUGGCUUCUGUCAUGGAUAUUGUUUGACUUUAACCGACUUGAACCUUCUGUCUGUAUAAAACUUGACUUUUGUGUA